AUGAGCUCCAUUACACGGCCUGUUAUCAUAAUCGGCGCUGGCGUCGUCGGCUUAACCCUUGCUCAUGGUCUCAAAAAGGCCAACAUACCCUUUGAAAUAUACGAGCGGGAUGAACACAUCGACGCUCGCCCUCACGGCUGGGCCAUCACAAUUCACUGGGCGCUCCCCUUCCUAGUCGAGCUGCUAGACGAAGCCACCAUUGAUGCCGUAGAAAACGUCCAAGUCGACCCAGAAGUUGGCCGCAACGACAACGGCAACUUUCUCUUCAUCAACCUCGAAACCCUAGAUUCCAAAUUCCGCAUCCCGCCAAACAAACGCCGUCGAGUUAACCGCGAGAAACUGCGCAAGGCUCUUCUCCAAGGUGUCGCAAACCACGUCCACUGGGGAAAGCGACUAAGCAACAUUGAGCUUGGAGACGGCAACGACGGCAUGGUACAAGCUCAUUUCACAGAUGGGUCCUCAGCACAAGGCAGCAUAGUCGUUGGUGCCGAGGGAACCAACUCCCAGACGAGAAAGUUUCUCGUACCAGAAAACUAUCGCAAUCACCAGCUUCCAGUGCGGUUCAUCGGCGCAGCAGUAGACAUGACUCCGGAGCAGGUCAAGCCCUUGCGGGACAUUGACCCGCUCCUCUUCCAGGGCUGCCAUCCUGUAACCGGACAUUUUCUCUGGAUAUCAAUGAUGGAAUCCCCCGAAGUCAAUGGCACCAAGGGAACGGACCACGAGCGAUACAGAGUACAAGUCAUUACAUCGUGGAUGGUGAAGAGCGAAAAGGACGAAGUACCACCCAGCGAUGUCGAGCGCAUCGCUGAGAUGAAGAGACGUGCUAUUGGUUUUCACCCGCUCCUUCGUCAAGCUGUUGAUUGCAUACCUGAUUCAGCGCCCGUUCUGGAAAUCGCACUGCAAGACUGGCCCUGCUUCAACUGGGAUAACCGUGAUGGCCGUGUUACUCUUGUUGGUGACGCGGCACAUGCCAUGACCAUGUAUCGCGGCGAGGCUGCCAACCACGGAAUGCUGGAUGCUUUCAACCUCGUCCAGGAGAUCAAGAAGGCGCACUCUGGCGAUGCGUCGCUCAAGGCUGCUGUGGACGAGUAUGAGGACGAAAUGAGAGACCGAACAGGUGGUGAGGAUGGAGCUGUCAUGCUGAGCCGGCAGGCUUGUUUGGAUGCGCAUGAUUUUCAUGGUUUGAAUGAGAAGUCGGCCGUUUUAAGGAGACGGGCUAUCAAGGCUAUAUGA